ACCUCUCACUUCUCUUGUGCAACAAACACGCUCGCCCAGUCUCUCACACUCCCCAACCAAACAAACAAAAAUAGAGAAAUGGAAGAUUCUGGAAAACCGAACAACAAGAGCAAACUCAUGAAUCCAUGGAUGCUCCACUUCCAGAAACUCGCUCUCGAACUCAAAUGCCCUCUCUGUUUGAGCUUGUUCGAGAAGCCAGUGUUGCUACCGUGUGACCACUUGUUCUGCGAUUCCUGCUUGGUUGAUAGCUCCCUUUCUGGCUCUGAAUGUGCUGUUUGCAAAACUAAGUAUGCUCAAACAGAUAUAAGAAAUGUGCCGUUUGUGGAAAAUAUGGUAGCGAUCUAUAGAAGCUUGGAUGCAUCUUUUUGUGCUAGUAUGUUGCAGCAACGCUCUAAUGAUGAUUCUAGGGUUUUGCAGCAAUGCCAGACAUUUCGCGAUUCAAGCUAUAGUAAUAUUAAGAAGGCUGAUAAUUUUUCACAAAGUUCACCCAAUUCUAAUGGGUUUGGGGUUGGUGAGAAUCGCAAAUCUAUGAUUACAAUGCAUGUUAAACCAGAGGAGCUUGAGAUGUCUAGUGGGGGAAGAGCUGGCUUUCGUAAUGAUGUAAAGCCUUAUCCAAUGCAACGCUCCCGGGUUGAAAUUGGGGACCAUGUGGAAAUGGAUGUGAAUCAAGUGACACAAGCUGCAGUCUACAGCCCUCCAUUUUGUGAUACCAAAGGUUCGGAUAAUGACUGCAGCGAACUAGACAGUGAUCAUCCAUUCAAUCCUGAGAUAUUGGAAAAUUCUUCAUUGAAGAGAGCAAGCACAGGAAAAGGAAAUUUGAAAGAAAGAAAGUCUCAGUUCAGGUCUGAAAGUUCGGCAUCUGAAACUGAUAAACCUACAAGAGAUCUCAAGAGAAAAAAAUAUCUUAACAAAGGAGAUGAUCAUAUUCAACAUGUCUCCACACAUCAUAGUAAGCUUGUGGAUUCCCACUGUGGUCUGGACCUUAAAUCUGGAAAGGAGCCGGGUGAGCUGUUGCCUGCAAACAUACCAAUUGAUUUGAAUCCAAGUACAAGUAUCUGUUCGUUUUGCCAAUCCUCCGAAACUUCAGAGGCUACUGGACCCAUGCUUCAUUAUGCAAAUGGAAAGUCAGUUAUAGGAGAUGCUGCAAUGCAACCGAAUGUCAUACACGUGCAUAGAUGCUGUGUUGACUGGGCACCACAAGUGUAUUUUGUUGAUGAAACUUGUAAGAACUUGAAGGCAGAAGUGGCAAGGGGAGCAAAGCUGAAAUGCAGCACAUGUGGUCUAAAAGGAGCUGCUCUUGGCUGCUAUGUCAAAUCAUGUAAAAGAACUUAUCAUGUUCCUUGUGCAAUGGAUGUUUCAACUUGCCGCUGGGAUCAAGAGAAGUAUCUCUUGCUCUGUCCUGUUCACUCUAAUGCCAAAUUUCCACAUGAGAAAUCCAGGCCUAAAAAACAGGCAACACAGGAGCAUCCUGCUUCAGCUCAUUUAUCAUCUCAGCUUUCAAACCCGCUUGGAGCUUUUCAUGAUGAUGGUAAAAAAGUGGUUUUUUGUGGCUCUGCUCUAUCAGAUGAAGAAAAGGUGCUACUGAUCAAUUUCGCAAGCAAGGUUGGUGCUACAGUGACUAAGUUCUGGACCUCAGAUGUCACCCAUGUGAUUGCAGCAACUGAUGCAAAUGGAGCAUGCUCUAGGACGCUGAAAGUCCUCAUGGCAAUUCUAAAUGGACGAUGGGUUCUGAAAAUUGAUUGGAUCAAAGCAUGCAUGAAAGUGAUGAGUCUUGUCGAAGAAGAACCAUAUGAAAUUAGUCUUGACAACCAAGGGUGUAAUGGUGGCCCAAAAGCUGGCAGACUUAGUGCUCUGGCCAAUGAGCCAAAGCUAUUUAGUGGCUUAAAGUUUUACUUCUCUGGUGAUUAUGUGUCGAGUUAUAAGGAAGAUCUUGAAGAUUUAGUUGAAGUGGGAGGAGGUGCGGUUUUGACAAGCAAGGAUAAAUUAGAAGCUAAAAGACAUGAAUUUGAAGUGACUUCAAAUUUGCUGAUUGUUUACAAUCUUGAUCCGCCACAAGGAAGUAAAUUGGGGGAUGAAGUUUCAACUCUUUGGCAGAGACUAAAUGAGGCUGAAGAUCUAGCUGCCAAUACUGGUUCCCAAGUCAUUGGACACACAUGGAUUCUGGAGUCAAUUGCUGCGUGUAAGUUGCAGCCUUUUAUUUGCUAAAACAUUUUCAGUAGCUGAUAUUUUGUCCCUCUUUUGAUAGGGUCUUUAUUCUGCAAAAGAUUCGAUCAAUUAUGUACAAAAUGUCAAUUGAAUUUAUAUCUUGUUAUGUUAUUUAUGA